UAUCACUUGCAAAAUGUGUAAUCUCUUGUCAAUAUAUAAAAAUGAAGAAGAGGUUGGGAGUUGGCAACUAACCAAACCAAAAAAACAGACGGAGAUCUCGAAGAAGUUAAAAUUAAAUAAAUAAAUAAAUAAAAACUAAUCGUACCCAUUCCAAAGUAGAAGAUCAGUACUUGAUUGCUUCAUUCCCUCGAUUCCAAAAUGCUUCAGCAAUUCCGCCACCGGAUUCCCAUCCCCAUUCCCAUUUCUUCUUCUAAUUCCUCUGCUUCUACUUCUUCUGCUUCCUCCUUUUCAUUCUCCGUUCCAUUUCCGAAUUCCCAUCUCACCAAACCCUUCCAUUCACUCCUCCAAAUUCAAUGCAAGGCCGUCGACUCUAAGCCAUUGCCCGCCGUUGGCCCCUACACCGGGAGGGAUCCCAACGUCCAGAAGCCCCCAUGGCUGAAGCAGAGAGCUCCGCAGGGAGAGAAGUUUCAGGAAGUCAAGGAAUCAAUCUCCCGAUUGAAAUUGAACACCGUAUGCGAAGAAGCUCAGUGCCCUAACAUUGGAGAAUGUUGGAAUGGCGGCGGCGAUGGGGUCGCUACCGCCACCAUCAUGCUCUUGGGCGACACGUGUACUCGCGGUUGUAGAUUCUGCGCCGUCAAAACUAGCAGAAACCCUCCUCCGCCUGAUCCCAAUGAGCCCCAGAAUACCGCCAUAGCCAUUGCUUCUUGGGGUGUGGAUUAUAUUGUUCUCACAAGUGUUGAUCGUGAUGAUAUACCUGAUGGAGGAAGUGGGCAUUUUGCUGAGACUGUAAAAGCCAUGAAGAACCUAAAGCCUGAAAUCAUGGUUGAGUGUUUAACCUCUGAUUUUAGGGGUGACUUGACUGCUGUGGACACUUUGGUUCACUCAGGAUUAGAUGUAUUUGCACACAACGUUGAGACUGUUAAACGUCUCCAACGAAUUGUUCGAGAUCCUCGAGCUGGGUAUGAGCAGAGCUUAUCUGUUUUGAAACAUGCAAAGGUCAGUAAGGAGGGCAUGAUUACAAAAUCUUCCAUAAUGCUGGGUCUUGGAGAAUCAGAUGAUGAGUUGAAGGAAGCCAUGGCCGAUUUGAGGGCUAUAGAUGUCGAUAUAUUGACCCUUGGGCAAUAUUUACAACCGACUCCAUUACACUUGACUGUCAAAGAAUAUGUCACCCCUGAGAAGUUUGCUUUCUGGAAGGAAUAUGGCGAGUCUAUAGGAUUCCGUUAUGUGGCCAGUGGGCCAUUGGUUCGAUCAUCAUACAGGGCGGGAGAGCUCUUUGUCAAAACAAUGGUUAGGGAAAGUGCUAACAAAACUGCUAUGACAUCUUAAGUUUUUUCACUUCCAUAAUUAUUGCUGUUAAACGGUUACAUUUGGGCAAACCAAGAGCUUCAGCUGCAGAAGAUUAUUAUUGCUAACCUGGCCCAAAGUUUUGAGUACUUUUUUGUCUCAUAUAAAGGAAAUGUUCACUCCCUGAAGAAACUUGGUCUUCUUCUCCGUAUUCAUUUAUUAGUCUGCAUAUCAUAGUUCAAGGCUACAAUAUAUAUUACUUAAAGCCUUUAUUGGGUUCAAGAAUUGUUCUUUACUAAUAUUUUCCUUUUUUUACUAAUUUAAAAACUGGAAUAUUAUACGGAAAAUUGUGUGGCUGUGUGUAGUCAUAUGGGUAGUCCUAGUCUUUCUUGAAAGGAUGAAAGGUACAAUAAAUUUGUUGGGCAGAAACGAUAGUUAAAUUUUCUUGUAAAAGAAUAGUUAAAAUUUAGUAAAGUUACCCGAGUUAAAUUUAGUUA